AUGCACGCGAAAUUGGCAUUGGCUACGGCCCUUCUCGCGGCCUCGUCGGUCACCGCAUUCCCGAACCGACCACGAAUGCACUACCCUCGACAAGUCAAGCGACAAGUCUUCAACAAUGGCACCAAUCCUGUUGAUUCCACUGCCACUGAUAGUGUGACUCUGCCGAAUCUCAUUGCCCCAACGACAGACGCCACUACCGGCAUCACCAUCGCGCCUACCGGUAUUGUCGGAACUUCCAGCGAUGCUGCUGCCACGAGCUCGCGGCAUAACGGCCUGGAUGAUUUGUUGAGCUCACUGAGUUCAGUGCUCAACUCUUCGUCUUCUAGUGAGGAUGCGUCAUCAACACAACCCUCAACCGACUCGUCCGCGGCGGCAACGACUAGUGCAGCAGCAACCACGAGCGCGGCAGCAACCACGAGUGCAGCAGCAACUACAAGUGCAGCAGCAACCACAAACCCUGACCCAACGACGACCGCGGCCGGGACGACGACCUCGGCGGCUCAGUCAUCUGACGUCCAAGCCACCAGCUCGGCAGCACAGCAAUCAUCAGAGCCUCCUGCUACCACUUCGGCCGCGCAGACAUCGGAGCCUGCUCAAACCACUUCCGCAGCGCAGACAUCGGAGCCCCCUGCCACCUCUUCCGGCAACGGGCUUUCGUCAAUUAUCUCGGACAUCCUGAACCCUACUACCUCCGAGCCUGCUCAAACCACUUCUGCAGCGCAAACAUCGCAGCCUCCCGUUGUCUCUAGCUCCGCCGUUCAGACAUCUGAGCCUCCCGCUCCCACAACCUCGGCCGCGCAGACAUCCGAGCCUGCUCAAACCACUUCUGCGGCGCAGACAUCAGUGCCUCCCGUUGUCAGCAGCUCAGCCGUUCAGACAUCGGAGCCUCCUGCUCCUACCACCUCGGCCGCGCAGACAUCGGCGCCCCCUGCUACCUCUUCGGGCAACGGGCUUUCGUCGAUUAUCUCGGAUAUCCUCAACCCUUCUACCUCCGAGCCUGCUCAAACCACUUCCGCAGCGCAGCAAUCGUCUGGUGUUGCUACUACUUCCGCAGGGCAGCAGACUUCUGAUGUGGUGACCAGUCAACCAGUGCCAACUUCUUCUUCUGGAAAUAUCAUUUCUGAUAUUCUCUCCACGCUGUCAUCAAUUCCUAGCCUGUCGGAUCUGAUCCCUACUUCGUCAGACAUUAUUCCUACGACUUUGAUUCCUACCUCUACAGGCAUUCUUCCUACCGGUACCGAUUCAAGCGCUAUUCCUACUGGAACCAGCCUGGGCCCAUCUGGUACUGACACGAGCCUGCCCCCAACUGGUAGUGGAACGAGCUUGCCUCCAACUGGAACUGAUACCAGCCAGCCUCCAUCUGGCACCGGUACGAGCCUCCCCCCUACUGGAACUGAUACUAGCCUGCCUCCUACUGGAACUGGCACCAGCCUGCCUCCUACCGGAACUGACACCAGCCUGCCUCCUACUGGAACUGGUACCAGCCUGCCUCCUACCGGAACUGAUACCAGCUUGCCUCCCACUGGAACUGGUACUAGCCUGCCUCCUACCGGAACUGAUACUAGCCUUCCUCCUACUGGAACUGGUACCAGCCUUCCUCCCACUGGAACUGAUACCAGCGCGCCCCCAACUGGCACUGGUACGUCCGGUUCCGCUUCUGGCACUGCAUCUGGUUCUCAGACUCAACCCACCGCCACCGGAAGCGAGGCCUCUGAUUCCGGCACUCAGACGCGUCCAACUGAGACUGGUGACCAAUCUGCAACGGCCACGUCUGGUGUUGUCACUUCUGGCGUGCAAAGCCAGACAGAUGUUCCUACGUCUGUUGCAACCGGCGCUCCUACUAGUGAGAGACCACCCGUUACUAGCAUCAGGCCUACCGAGACUGCCUCCAAGUCGGACGACUGGCUUCCAACAACCAUCGUUGGUGAUCCAACUUCGUUCUCAUUCUCGGCUCCCUCCGUUAUUCCCACCGGCACCUCCAGCGGUAGUGCGUUCCCCACCAACCUUCCUGCUGUUCUUCUCCCUGAUCAGCAGAAGCCUCAGCCUGAUGGAACCAAACUGAUCGAGGUUGGUUUCUUGUAUGCUCUCAACUAUGAGCACGUGGCCAAGAAUACUGUUGCUGCUGCCCAGAUCUUUUCUUAUCUUCCUCGAGCUCUGUCCAAUGCUGGUGGAUUUGAUAUUAACAAGAUGCAAAUCACGAGACUCGAGCCUCUUGACACUCUUGCCAAGUACGGAUACUGGACUACUAUCGCCAAGUUUUACUAUCCCGAGAAUCUCCUUGACAAGCUUCAGGCUGAUAUCUUGUCUCCUAACUCGCAAGUCUACAACUACCCCGACAGCUUGGUUCGCGACUUGACCGCAGUUAUCAACCCAAAGAUCGACAUUUAUGGCAAGUUUACUGAUGACAAUAAUAACGGUGGAAGCAACGGUGGCAACAACAACGGCAACAACAACGAUGACGUUUUGGGUAACGGUUCAAAUAACAGCUCCUCAUCUUCUAGACAACAAGCCAUGACCGCUGGUAUUGCUGUCGGUGCUGUCGGCCUUAGUGCGCUUUAUGGUGCUGCCAUGUUCAUUGUCGCCCGCCGCUACAAGCGCAAGAGACAAUCCUCGUCUCACCACCGAUCCAGCUCCGUCACUGGUAGCGACAGGUCUUCAGAGAUGCAGUACGCUGGCAACGGCAGCCCCGCCCUCAUGGGGGGUGCGCUCUUGAGCCGGGACAUGUCGAGUUAUGGUGGGGCAUUAGGCGGUGGUCGAGAGAGCCACGGCAGUGGUCGCAGUGGAAUGGGCAACUCUGCCCGCACUGCCAACAUCUCAGCCCCAGUUGCUGCAGAGAACUCACUCGGCUGGCGCUGA